AGGUGAAUCAGAGACUGGAGAAAGAGGAAGGUGUGCUAGUCAGCUUCUAGUUUCAUCCGCUGAUCAACUUAGUUUUUCAUCUUGGUGUUUAUUGCUACCUCCUGACUAUCAUCGGUCAGAAUUUUAUUUGGGGUGAAAUCCCCAAAAGGGUCAAUCUUUCAGUAUAACGGUUUCUAACGAAUAUAAAGGUGUUACCCAGAGAGAGUCAGCUACCCGACACAUGCAACCAGAAUCAUCUGUCCAGGACUGCAGAGUGACCGUUCAGACAAAUAAAAAGGAAUGCUACGGGGCAGUGUGCUGGCCUCGCUGAGCCCCGAGGAGGGCCUCCUCAGUCAUGUGCCCUGGCUGUGGAGCCUGGCGGCUGGGCUGGGACUGUACCUCGCCACGGGCGGUUGGAGGUUCCUCUAUGUGGCCCUGUGCACCAUCAAGAGGGACCUCAGAUGCCUGUGCGUGGUUCUCCAUGUUAAACGUUCCAUCCGUCAGCACCUUAAGAACAGGAGCACCAUACCGUCCCUGUUUGGCCAGACGGCAGCGCUGUAUCCCGACAAGCCCGCACUGGUGUGUGUGUCUACCGGAGAGUCUUCUUCGGCACGUCCGCGUACAUCUGCGUCCCUGAUUGUGUGGACGUUCAGGGAGCUGGCGGGGCGUUGCAACGCCGUUUCCCACUGGGCGAGGGCUCAGGGCUGGGGACAGGGGGACGUGGUGGCCCUCUACCUGGGGAGUCGCCCCCUGCUGGUGGCCCUGUGGAUGGGCCUGGCUCAGGUGGGUGUGGAGGCGGCGCUCAUCAACUAUAACCUGCGCUGUGAUUCGCUGCUUCACUGUGUGGGAGUGUCCGGUGCUAAGGGGAUGGUGUUUGGGGUGGAGCUAGCUGAAGCUGUCUCAGAGGUGCGUUCUUCUCUGGACCCGUCCAUGGUCUUGUUUAGUACUGGUUCCGUUCAGAGUGUGGACCUCCCGACCCCCUCAGCCCAAAACCUGGACCCGCUACUGGCCAGCUCUUCCCGGGACCCGCCUCCUCCCACCACCAAGGGAUUCAAUGAUAGACUGUUCUACAUCUAUACCUCUGGUACAACAGGAAUGCCCAAGGCUGCCAUUGUCGUACAUAGCCGGUUCUACCGCAUCGCUGCCUUUGGGUUUCAUUCCUUCGGCCUGCGACACGAUGACAUCAUCUACAACAGUCUACCACUUUACCAUUCUGCCGGUAAUAUAAUGGGUGUUGGUCAGUGUUUGCUCCAUGGGUUAACUGUCGUAGUCAAGGCCAAGUUCUCUGCCAGUAGUUUCUGGGAUGACUGUGUCAAGUACAACUGCACUGUUAUCCAGUACAUUGGGGAGAUAUGCCGCUACUUGUUGGCCCAGCCAGAGCGGCCCUCAGAGAAAUCUCACUGCGUACGCAUUGCCAUGGGUAACGGGCUCCGCCCUGCUGUGUGGGAGGAGUUCACACAGCGCUUUAGGAUCAGACAGGUGGCUGAGUUUUAUGGAGCCACCGAGUGCAACUGCAGCAUCUCCAAUGUGGAUGGAAAGGUGGGUGCGUGUGGGUUCCACAGCCAAAUCUUCCCCAGUAUGUACCCUAUCAAACUGCUCCGGAUGAAUGAGGACACCAUGGAGCUGGUCAGGGACAAGAAUGGCCUCUGUAUAGGCUGUCAACCUGGGGAGCCGGGUCUUCUGGCCGGCUACAUCGACCAGAGUGAUCCCUUGAGGAGGUUCGACGGUUAUGUCGACCGGAGAGCCACCAACAAGAAGAUCGUUAAUGACGUCUUCACCCUCGGAGACGCUGCCUAUCUUUCCGGUGAUGUACUGGUGAUGGAUGAGCUGGGCUACAUGUUCUUCCGGGACCGCAGCGGAGACACGUACCGCUGGCGAGGAGAGAACGUGUCGACUACAGAGGUGGAGGCCACCCUCAGCGGCCUCCUGGGACACGCCGACGUAGCUGUCUACGGAGUCCUUCUGCCAGGUGUGGAGGGGAAGGCCGGGAUGGCGGCCAUUGCUGAGGGGGAGGGGCGGUUUGACUGUGAUGCGUUCUUGGGGGCGGUGCGAAAGGCCUUACCUUCCUAUGCACACCCACUGUUCCUCCGUCUCAUGCCGAAGGUCGAUACCACAGGAACCUUCAAAAUCCAAAAGACUCGCCUUCAGAGGGAGGGAUACAACCCUCUGCACACCGCCGACCGGAUCUUCUUCCUCAACAGCCAUUUGGGUCGUUAUGAGGCUGUAACAGAGGAGCUGUAUAGGGCCAUCACAGAGGGCAGACUACGUCUGUGAGGAGAAUGAGAGAGGUCUGGGGACGGAGGGAGACUUGUAGUGAGAGCAUAACAGAGACGAGACACUUUCUUUUGAGGUGAAUAAAGAGGUGGCUGGAUGGGUGGAGGCUGUUGAACAGACGGCUCUGGAAACAACACGGGGCUGUGAUGCACUGGAGGCCUUACAAUUCCAAAGAGCUUGGCCUGCGUUUGUCCGCAGACUUGUGUCGCUACUGGACUUAAUCCGGUACUGCUGGCCCGAGUCUGAAAGUAGGACAUGGCAGAACCGUGGAUUAGAGAACCCUGGACCUUCAGGGUGAGGAACCAUCUAAGGUGUAAAGUAAAACCCUCCUUUUUAAUGACCUUAUCUUCUGAUUAGGCCUUAUACAGUUGCUACUGUACGACUGUUGAAAUCGGAACACUGCAGUUGCUACGUAGAUUUGGGGGAUUUUUCAGUGUUUUUCUUGGGGUCGCUAGGAUGUCCCAGGAACGGGAGGAGGGUGUGUCAUGACCAGGGCUACAUCAGAGUAACUACAUCACAACUUAGAAACAACAAAGUUUCAAACAUAUCAUGUGGAGAUUUACACAUUCAUUGUUCUGUCCAGUAGAGGGCGCCCACUACCUGUAGAAUGUCAUCUCUGGGCUCAACUAAGUAAAAUACAUGCCCAGUACAGCAACCCAACUGAAGGUUUCAAAAACAAAAAGACAAUGCUGCACCCCUCGGUCACCAUCACAGAGUGCUCCAUUUAACCAGCAUUAUCUGAUGGUGCCUAAAAAAUGGGCACUUGGGAGUCAAAAUAUUGAUGGAAUAUUGAUGGAAUAUUGAUGGAAUAUUGAUGGAACAUUGACCAACAUUAUGCACCGUGUGUUGAUUUGAACUGCAUCACUGAGUUUUUUACGUUUGUUGGUGUGUGUUGUCUUGUUUCUGGGGGUGAAACUGGGAUUUUAAUAUGUGUAAAUGUUGGGAAGGUUUUGAUAUGAAUAAAUGGAUUGUUUUGAUGUGAAUAAAGGUUUGGGUUGUUUUGAUGUGAAUAAAGGUUUGGGUUGUUUUGUUGUGAAUAAAGUUUUGGACGGUUUUGAUAUGAAUAAAUGGAUUGUUUUGAUGUGAAUAAAGGUUUGGGUUGUUUUGAUAUGAAUAAAUGGAUUGUUUUGUUGUGAAUAAAGCUUUGGGUUGUUUUGUUGUGAAUAAAGGUUUGGGUAGUUUUGUUGUGAAUAAAGGUUUAGAUUGUUUUGUUGUGAAUAAAGGUUUAGAUUGUUUUGAUGUGAAUAAAGCUUUGGGUUGUUUUGUUGUGAAUAAAGCUUUGGGUAGUUUUGUUGUGAAUAAAGGUUUAGAUUGUUUUGUUGUGAAUAAAGGUUUAGAUUGUUUUGAUGUGAAUAAAGGUUUGGGUUGUUUUGUUGUGAAUAAAGGUUUGGGUUGUUUUGAUAUGAAUAAAUGGAUUGUUUUGUUGUGAAUAAAGGUUUGGAUUGUUUUGUUGUGAAUAAAGGUUUGGGUUGUUUUGUUAUGAAUAAAGGUUUGGGUUGUUUUGAUUUUAAGGUUUGGGUUGUUUUGAUGUAAAUAAAGGUUAGGGAUGUUUUGAUAUUAAGGUUUGGGUUGUUUUGAUGUGAAUAAAGGUUUGGGUUGUUUUAAUGUGAAUAAAGGUUUGGGUUGUUUUGAUGUGAAUAAAGGUUUGGGUUGUUUUGAUAUGAAUAAAUGGAUUGUUUUGUUGUG